UGUUAAGGCAGGGAGAGCCAGAGCACAAGCAUUUCAUUGUAUUCCAAUACACAAAACAAUACAGUUGAACUUGAACUUCACAGUUUUUUGAUCCUUCAUCAUCUGUGGAGCUAUAUCAGAUACUUGAUGUUUGGCAUGCACAGUCUCAAUGAAUGUACCUACACAUUUGCAUGGCAUCAGAGAUCAGUGGCAGACGUUGCUCUUCAACUUCUUUUUUAAUUUCAGUAUUCUUUCAUUGAAUCAAAUCUAAAUGGUUCAAGACACAGAUACAGUAUAGAUGAACAUCCCUUUUCCCCUUUUGGUGUAUUCUUGGUGAGUUCCCAAACCUUUUAUGAAAUUCUAUUGUACAUUUUCAGAGAGUACCUUAUAACAGUUCCUGAAACUAGAAGUGAAACAUUUUAUCUUUCACAGACAAAUAUUAUAUAAAUAUCAGUAUCAAUAUCAGAUAAUCAAUAUUAGAUAACACAGGUGUGGGUUUCUCACGACCAAGGAUUUAAUUGUUUACAUUCAGUCAACAAAAACUUUUACGAGUGUUACAAGGAAGACUCCUGGGUAUAUAAGUGGUCACAUAAUGGGACUGGAGUAUGUCUGACUGAAGUGGGACUCAUGAUGUUGUGGCCUCUCUUGGUUCUUUGUGGUGCGCUCACCUCACAUUUUGUGCAAGGGCAAGACAGGUCGACACCAGGUUCAGCAAGCCCAACAAAAGCACCCGAAGAUCCAACGGGAACAGCUGAUCCAGCUGAUCUCAAUGUUAAAACAGCACGACCUUCAUGUCGGUACAACUGUGGCUGGGACCUGGGAAGCUGUUCCUGCUCAAGCUCUUGUCAAUACUAUGGCAAUUGCUGCUAUGACUACUACACCUACUGCCAAGUAACCACAACGAGACCAGCAUACUUCACCACAGCUUGGCUCUCCUGUCGGUACAACUGUGGCAUGAACCUGGGAAGCUGCUCCUGCUCAAGCUCUUGUCAACACUAUGGCAACUGCUGCUAUGACUACUACAGAUUCUGCUCAUCCACAACGGUCAUGCCAAUCUCAGCCAAGCCUUGUGGAGCCUCCCUGCAUGGCUCUGGGUCCUUUACCAGCCCCUACUACCCAAGCUAUUACCAUGACAAUGCUUACUGUGUGUGGCAGCUAACAACUUCUUAUGGCCAAAGAAUCCAUCUGUCAUUCACUGAAGUGCAGCUGGAACACUGCUGCACCUGUGACUACAUCACUAUCUACGAUGGGUCAUCUAUUUAUUCACCAUCUCUGGGAAAAGUAUGCGACAAUCAAGAUUUGAAUGAAUUUCAGUCCUCCUCCAACUAUAUGACUGUUGUCUUCCAGAGUGACAGCGCCAUGGUUGGCAGAGGGUUCAAAGCUGAGUUCACAAGCACUCUAACACCAAGCUCAGGUCGUGUGGAGUGCUCAUCAGAAAACAUGACUAUUGUGAUUUCGAGGUCCUACCUGAGCUCUAUGGGCUACUAUGAUGGCUAUAGUCUGUAUUUGAACGACCCGUAUUGCAGACCCAAAGUUUCCAGUUACCAAGUCAUCUUCAGCUUCCCAAUAAACACUUGUGGCACUGAGCGAAAGUUUGAAAGAGGCAGAGUUGUGUAUACCAAUGCCGUCUCUAGCUACACAUCCAACUAUGGUGAAAUCACACGCCAGUCUUUCCUCAAGCUCCAUGUGGGCUGUCGUAUGGAGCAGGACACAAUGGUCCAGAUCAUGUACGCUGUCAACCAUGACAACGGCAGCAUAAUAGGCACAGGCAAAUUCAAUGGGACCAUGGCGUUCUACACCUCCAGCAACUUUUAUUAUCAGGUGACUCAGGUUCCAUACAUGGUGACCCUCGACCAAGAAAUGUACAUCCAGGUGAGGCUGAGUGGGAAUGACAACAGCCUGGUGAUCUUCCUGGAUACAUGUGUGGCGUCACCCUCACCCCAUGACUUCCAUAACAGAACCUAUGAGCUUAUCCGCGAUGGAUGUCCAAAGGACAACACCUACUAUGCCUACACCUCUGGUACCCACAGCUACAUCCGUUUUAAAUUCAAGGCUUUCCAGUUUCUGCGAGCCCACGAUUCUGUCUACCUGCAGUGCAAGGUCAUCAUCUGCGCAGCCUCUGACUACAACUCCCGUUGUCGCCAUGGCUGCAACAAACGAAAAAUCAGAGACCUGCGUGGUUCAAACCAUGAAAGCCACACUCUGGUCCUGGGUCCCAUCAAACUCAAAGGCCACGAUGGAGAGAAUCCUAAGGAGGAGGACAAGGCUUAAUAUCGUUCUUCAGAGACCUACUUGUCAUAUUUUCUAAUCAAUAGUACUUUUACUCUUCAGUUGAUUAUGGCUUUUAAUCACACUCAGUGUUGCCUCUGUGAUCCUUCAUGUUUAGCAAAGCCAUUAAAAGCAUCAUCAAAAGCGAACUUUUUUCUUUAUCAAGAGU